AUGAUGGAGAGGAUAAGAAAAGAGAUGAUAUUGAUGGAGAGAGGUCUGCACAGUCCUGUCGCAGGCAAGAGGCUCGCAGACACGCCUGGAAAUUCCGUGCUGGAGGCCCUGGAAAACUCUCAGCACAGCGGACGACUAAGCCCCAGAAUAACUUCGGCUUCUCUCCAUGGAAAUCUUGGGGACAUCUCGACGAAAGGAAAAUUUGAAAUUGACAGUCUUUACGGUUCACACCACAACAGUGACAAUACCUCUUCGGCGGAAAUUUCUUCGUCAGAAAGCAGAAAGAAAAUGAGUAUUUACUCCGAAGUUUCGCCAGAUUCAGAUAUUAACAGUGAUGUGGAGGUGGGAUGCCCUUCGCAUCGAUCCCCGAGCCAGCACAAGGAAAACAACAAAGGGUUUUCAGAUUCUGGAUCUUCCAACAUAAGCUCGAACUCACUACAGAAUAUGAACGGUAAUUCAUCGGGUGGAUCAAACAAUUCAAAUAGCGACCAAGUGAGAAGAUAUCGGACUGCUUUCACCAGAGAACAGAUCGGAAGACUGGAAAAAGAGUUUUACAGGGAAAAUUACGUUUCGAGACCGAGAAGAUGUGAAUUAGCCGCAGCGCUGAAUCUGCCCGAAACUACGAUUAAGGUGUGGUUCCAGAACAGGCGGAUGAAGGAUAAAAGGCAGCGUUUGGCGAUGUCCUGGCCCCAUCCAGCAGACCCCAGCUUCUACACCUACAUGAUGACGCACGCGGCCGCCACAGGAAGUCUACCUUACCCUUUCCACUCGCACAUGCCUCUACACUACUACCCGCACGUCGGUGUCACGGCAGCAGCAGCCGCCGCCGCCGCCGCUGCCGCCGCUGCCGCCGCCUCCAGCGCCGCUUCGUCACCUUUCGCCUCGUCCAUCCGCCCCCUCGAUUCCUUCCGGGCCCUCUCACACCCCUACUCGCGGCCAGAGCUUCUAUGCGGCUUCAGGCACCCGGGACUCUACCAGUCACCCGCAGGCCUGAAUAGCUCAGUGGCGGCGGCGGCGGCGGCCGCAGCAGCGGCAGCAGCAGCGGCAGCGGCGGCCGGCGCCCCGUCGUCCACCGGGCCCUGCUCGUGCCUCAGCUGCCACAGCAGCCAGGCAGCGAGCGCGCUCGGCUCCAGGAGCGCCAGCGCUGACUUUACCUGCACAGCUUCGGGGCAAAGAUCCGAGAGUGGAUUUCUGCCGUAUUCUGCUGCUGUUCUCAGCAAGACCUCAGUCCCGUCACCGGACCCACGAGAAGAAACAUCACUGAACAGAUAA